AUGAGUACUCCAGCAGACCACAAGCCGAUGAAGAAUCCUCCAAAGGUUCCUGCGGUCCCUCGUCCCAGCUCCAGUGUCCUCCUCAUAUCGCCAACCAACCAAAUCCUCCUCCUACACCGCGUCAAGACAUCCACCUCGUUUGCCUCCGCGCAUGUAUUCCCCGGCGGUGCCCUCUCCCCGGAACAUGACGGCGACAUUCCCGCCGUAGACUCGCCCCUCCGCCACCGAGACGGCCCCGCCUACCGCAUGGCCGCCAUCCGCGAGACGUUCGAAGAAUGCGGCAUCCUCCUGGCCAAACACAAAGACUCGGGCAAACUGCUCAGCGGCCUCAGCGACGCUGAGCGCGAACAAGGCCGCCGAGCCGUGCACAGCGGAAAAACUACAUUCCCAGACCUCCUCGCCCGCUGGAACGCCGUGCCCGACACCGAAUCCCUCAUCCCCUUCACCCGAUGGAUCACCCCGCCCAACGUCCCCAAACGCUUCUCCACCCAAAUGUACCUCUACUUCCUCCCCAUCGGCUCCGUUUCGCCGACCAAACGCGCCGCUCCGGGCUCCACACCCCCAGCGUCCGGCCUCGCCGAAGAAGACGAAAUCGUGAUCCCCAACCCCACACACGACGGCGGCAUCGAGCACACAGCCGCGCACUUCCUGCCCGCGAAUAAAUGGAUCGAUCUCGCGCGCCAGAACCGCAUCAUCCUCUUCCCUCCGCAGUUCUUCCUCCUAAAUCUCCUGGCUCCGUACCUCUCGCCCACGGUCACCUCGCCCUCGUCGCCGAUCCCGGAUGCCGCCGCCUUGCAGCGGGAGCGGGAUCGCUGUAUUGAGUUUUUGAAUAAGCCGCGCGUGUAUCAUGGGGAGGCCGAGGUUUCGUUCGCAGAGGCGUGUAUUUCGCCCUUGGUGCUGGGGAAAGGGGUGUAUGGCGGGGAUAGGCAGAGUGGGGUGGGGAAGGGGGUGGAUAGGGAUACGGCCGUGCUGGAUUUGUGUGAUCCCGGGGAUGAGGUGAGGGCGCAGGGGCUCGGGAGGAGGGGGGUUAGGGAGUGGGUGGUUACGACUAAGUUUAAGAGAGAGGGGCCGAGGGAUGUGGAUGUGAGGUUGAGGGAUGAGGUUUUGGGCGUGUUGGGUGGGAAGUUGUAG